ACUCCAGCUGAGCUGAGGCAGACAGACUGGAUAUAAACAGAAGCGAUCAGAAAUCCGCAGCACAGCAUCUCUCUGCAUCGCAGGACGCUUUUCCUCGAGACUUUCCGGAGACUUCCAGAACUUUCUCUUCCACUCAGAAAAGUCAUCAAAACGAUUUUUGGAUCAUGGAAUUGAUCAUUAAAAUGCUGAACGGGACGACGCGCAGCCUGACAGUCAAUCCUCAGGACACUGUCAGCUCCCUGAAACAACUCAUCCAUCAAGCUCUGAACAUCUCCCCGAUGAGCCAGAGGCUGGUCUUUGAAAACGGCCACAGAACGACCCUCGGCGACGGCAACAAGCGGCUGUGUGACUACGGCCUGCAGUCCGGCUCCCAGGUGUCUCUGCUGGUCGUCCAGCCCACCACCAUCCAGGUGUUCCUCAAAAACGAGAGGGGCCAAACGACCACCUACGAUAUCCGCCCCGACGAGACCGUGACCGGUUUCAAGGCCAAGGUGCAAGCCCGGGAGGGAGUCCAGGCGAGCCAGCAGAGGCUGAUCCAUGAGGGGAAGGAGAUGCAGGACGGGAGACUGCUGGCAGACUACAACGUCCAGGAGCACAGCACCAUCUACCUGACCUUCCGCCUGAGGGGAGGCUGAGGACUCCAGCACGGUUCACACCCACAGUGUAAAUAAUCUACUUUGAUAACAAUCAGUGUCAUUUAUUUAUUAGCAGUUUGAUUUUGAACAAAUAAACCAGCACAUUCCUCUUGUGUAUUACAAAAUGUGGCACCUGUUAAUGUGUACAAAAAGCACGUUAUAAUUUUGUUAUGACAAAUGUUGUAAUAAAAUAUUGCCUGAAUCAA